CGGCGUGGACGGACUGACACGAGCGGGGAAAUUCCAACACACACACGGAACACAACAACAACAACAACAUCGGUUCCGUUUGUCAGCAGUGAGCGGAGCAGCUCGACUUCUGCAUGUUCACUUGGACGUCGCCAAUAUGUCGAGGUGCCGUCAAUGGGAGUUGAAAGCGGUCCCUACUAAGGCCUUGGCCAUGUUAAGAAAACAUGUCUCCUCCGUCACAUUGCUAAAUAGUCAAGGUUGUUAGGAGUGGAUGCGAGAAGGAGGCGGCCUCAAGCUGUACCUCCUGAUCCAAGACACCCCAUGGAGAACCGCUCCGAGAGUUUCCCAUGCUGCCCCCGCUGGUAACGACGUGAACAGCGAUGCCUUCAAAGGUCUCCUGUUUGUACUUGCUGACGGUGGUUUGCUGGGCCAGCGCUCUGUGGUACCUGAGCGUGUCCCGCCCCUCCUCGUCCUACGUGGGCCAGAUGAACAUCCUCGUCCGCAAGGCGCCCAAGCUGAACAAGAGCGCCGCCUUCGGCAACUACCGCACGCGGUCGCUCAACCCGCACGACUUUGGCUACCUCAUCAACGAGGCCAAGAAGUGCGAGGCCGAGCCGCCGUUUCUCGUCAUCCUCAUCAGCACCACUCAUAAGGAAUUUGACGCGCGGCAGGCCAUCAGAGAGACGUGGGGCGACGAGACCACCUUCCCGGACGUGCGUGUGGUCACUCUCUUCCUGCUGGGGCGCAGCACGGACGUCGUCCUCAACCAGAUGCUGGAGCAGGAGAGCCAGAUCUUUCACGACGUGGUCGUUGAGGAUUUCGUCGACUCCUACCACAACCUGACGCUCAAGACGCUGAUGGGCAUGCGUUGGGUGGCCACGUACUGCGCCAGAGCCCAGUAUGUUCUCAAAACAGACAGCGACAUCUUUGUCAACAUGGAGAACCUGGUCUACAACCUGCUGAAGCCCACCACCAAGCCCAGGCGGAGAUACUUCACCGGUUACGUCAUCAACGGCGGGCCGAUCCGAGACAUGCGAAGCAAGUGGUACAUGCCCAGAGAUUUGUACCCGGACAGCAAGUACCCGCCGUUCUGCUCCGGCACCGGCUACGUCUUCUCCGCGGACGUGGCCGAGCUCAUAUACCAAACCUCGCUGCACACCAGGCUCCUGCACCUGGAGGACGUGUACGUGGGGGUGUGCCUGCGCAAACUGGGCAUCCACCCCUUCCAGAACAGCGGCUUCAACCACUGGAAGAUGGCUUACAGCCUCUGCCGCUACCGGCGAGUGGUCACCGUCCACCAGAUCUCCCCAGAAGAAAUGCACCGCAUCUGGAACGACAUGACCAGCAAGAAGCACCUUAAAUGUUAGCGAGAUCUGGGACUCUGCGAGUCGGCUAUCGAUUGACCUUUUUCACGCUGUGUUUCCAACGUGGGCAAACGACGAGCGCUGAGAGCAGAGUAUUGACGGACCCUCCAGUGCUUUGUCUAAAAAGCAGACUGCCCUGCUGGGAGUUUCUUGAGCACAAGGCCAAAAACAUGCUCGUCCAUUCAAGUGCAUCCGGCCUUGCACACUCGCUCUUAUGGCAUCGAGAAACUUUUUUAAGGAGGUGUAAAAAAAAAAAAAAAAAAAGAAAACACACCAAGCUGUUUCUUGUGUUUGCCAAGAGCACCAUGCCUUAACUGUUGACAUAUUCGAACCCUCAAAGUCAGGGGUGUCCAAACUACGACGACGUCACAAGUUUAAUAAGGAGAUUCAUUUUGAAUUUCUGACAGCCUAAUUGCUGUAAAUUUGUCACCAUCUUGUGGACAACGUGAGUUAAGCAGGUCAGCGACCAUGAAUUUUAGUGUGGGUGGCACAGUAUUCACUUAUAUGACCCAAUCCAAACAACCUUUCCCACUCGUGGUGCAGAUAAACUAACACAAAAGGUCAACAGACACGCACAUAACACAACCUGCUAACUGAAUUUUGUGGAUAUUUUAACAAAUGUCAAAGCACCAUACAUAAUUCAAAAUUGCACCCAUUUGAGGCCACUACAAUGCCUGAUGGGAAAAAUGCAAAACGCUCUCUCCACAAUUGUUUGGCGCAUUUUAGCUGCUUGAUAUUUCUGAUUGAUUACAAAACUUUAGGGAGGUUGUCACGGAAGUAAACAAGGUAGGAGUCAAACAUUCCCACACUCUUAAUAUUCAAUUAUAUUAUUA